ACAAGGUCAAAAUCCACGAAAAUCCCUUUAGGUGAUCAGAUACCAUGUCUGUUCACGCCGACCCACCACCAAGCGUGGUGCCCGAGCCGAAUGGCAUCACAUACAUAACCGGUGAGCAGCUGGGCAAAGGCGGCUUCGCCAUCUGCCAUCGGGCGGAGGUGGCGGAACGAGGGAAGGCGACCGGUCGCAUUAUCGCGUUGAAGAUUGUGAAGUCGAAGAUGGAACCGGCGAAGAUGGCACAGAAGUUUGUGACUGAGCUCCAAUUGCACUCGAAGCUGCAACAUCCGAAUAUCGUCGAGUUUUACCGUGCAUUUACUUUCGGGCCGAGUACAUAUGUUGUUUUGGAAGUAUGCGAUAACGGCUCACUGGCUGAUGCACUGAAGAGACGAAAGUUUUUCACCAUGCCCGAGAUCAGACGGUUUCUGAUCCAGACGUGUGGGGCAGUCAAGUAUCUGCAUGCACGACAGAUUAUCCAUCGGGACCUGAAAACAGGCAAUCUUUUCCUAGACAGCAAUAUGAACAUCAAAGUCGGAGAUUUUGGGCUGGCUGCGGUCAUGGUGAGCAAGAACGACGUGUCGCUGAGACGGACGACCAUGUGCGGGACGCCAAACUACCUUGCCCCGGAGAUUCUGGAGAAAGGAGGGAGAGGACAUAAUGAAAAAGUGGACUUGUGGGCAAUUGGCAUUAUCGCUUAUACGUUAGCCAUUGGAAAGGCACCGUUCCAUGCCCCAAAACGCGAAGACAUCUACAAGAAGCUACAGAUGUGCGAUUACAAGUGGCCGGACCCUUCGAAAACGCAGAACGACAUCUCCAACGAUCUUCGAGAUCUCGUCGCGACAUUGCUCGUACACGAGGACGAUCGACCAUGUCCGGAUCAGAUCGUCAGCCAUACGUUCUUCAAGACCGCCUUCAUCCCCGAGACCAUGGAAUCGAGCUGCACGAGUGUACCACCGCGAUUUCCAGCCGUCCGACCGCCAACAGCCGCCGUGAUCCAAAGAGGCUUCUCAGAUAGCUGGUUCCGAUUAUGCAAAGCCUCCGGCGUCGGCGAGUUUGCGCCAGGCAAGCUAUUCCCGGUCAUCGGUGGCCGAAAAUUGCGGUCCGUCGUUCGAGAUUGUGAAAAAGAGCUCCAAAUCGGCCGCCACCCGGUGGUUCCAAUUCCAGAGGGAACGAUCUAUUUGCCAUACCCUGACCGGGUCGAUCCAUUCUCGGUCGACCCCAACGCACAGCUGAGCGACAUCAUCGAAGAACGAGAGCCAUCUGCCGAAGGCCGAGCGUUGCGAGAAACGUCUGCAAACGAGCCGGGAACAACGAGAGCAUUGGCGGAGAAAGCAAAGCGGAUACGGAGAUCGAAGGAAAAUACCGAGCCUGCUACCACUGCUGACGACAGAGAGCCCGAGGCCCAGUUGCAGAGGAAACCGGCUCGAACUAUUGCGUCUCGAACGAUGGCGUCCGCGCCAAAGCGCCGGGCGAUUGCUACACAACGAUCGCAGUCUAUUCAGGUGGCGAGAGUACCGGAAAUGAAAGUGGAUUCGAAGAUACCGCAAACGACCAAGGUGGUUGAAACUGUUGUAGUCAGCGCGGACACGGAGAAUAUACCUCCAGCGGCCCAGGAGAGUACAAGGCAGACGAGAAGGAAUAAGGCAGUGGCGAUGGAGACGGUACGAAUCGUCGGGAAUAUACAGGAGCCGCCAGUAAUGCCCCGUGAAACCUGCAGAGUUACGAGAAAGAAUUCGAAGAGAGCGGCUCCUUUGCGAGAGCCUGAGCAGCCCGAGCAGCUCCAACUCAUGGAGAUUGCUCUUCCAAAGAGGCCUGCCUUGACUGUCAUGCCCAAACCAGUCGUCGACCAGCAGAGUUCAAGGCCGUCAUCAAGAGACGGCAUGACAGUGGCUCCUAGACAUGCUGGUGGCGCAGCGCCGAGGGCAACGCGCAUUCCUUCGGGUGAUGUAGGGCCGAAGGUCCCGUAUACCGAUCCCGAGACGGUUUUGGCUCGCGUCGCGAACCUUCGGGACAAUAUUGCUGACGCACUCAGUAAUCGAUAUGCAACUCCAGGUCGGCUCGCCAAGCCCAAACUGCCGUUCAUUUCGAAAUGGGUCGACUACUCCAAAGCCUAUGGCGUUGGGUACAUGCUCGAGGACGGGAGCAUCGGAACGGUCUUGAAGAAAGAAAAACCGAAGCCAACCUUCCCUGUGACGUUGGCCGUGGUGCGGAACGGCUACGCCAAAGUGCGUGAGGUGCGAAAGAACCCGGACGCCAUGCUCUCCCUGCCAUUCGAAUAUUACGCCGACUUUGGUGGCGCUGGCAUCCGAUCCGUUGGUCUUGGACCUGAAAUGAAGAAAGAGAAGGUUGGGAUCUGGCUAAAGCUCGUGUCGUACCUUGCGAAGCAAGUGUCGGCGGACGAGGCCGAGAGCGCAGCGACGAACUCGGCAACCGAGACGCCGGACACUAUCGUCAAAUUCUAUCAACGGCUCGGCAAUGUCGGGGUAUGGGGGUUUACUGAUGGGUCGUUCCAGAUCAACUUCCCCGACCACACCAAACUCAACCUUUCUUCUGACGGCCGAUACUGCAACUUCCUCUGCCUCUCCAAGGGCGGUAUCCGAUUCCUCGAGCAACAUAGCGCGCUGAACCGCGAGUCCAUCAACGGUCGCAAGUCCUUGCACCUGCCCAUCCACACGCUGCUAUGGGAUGCCGAGAACUAUCCAGUCGCGGUCGACGUCGCACAUGCCAACCAUCUGCGCGGGAAGCUGCAAUUCUUCCUCGAGGCCCUCGAUGAGUGGCUCAGGUGCAAGGGUGUGGGUGUCCUAUCCGAGGAAGCGAAAUAUCUCCGGUGGAACGGGAGCCAUACGGAGGAGGGGAAGAAGAUGGACUGGGUGACCGUCGGGGCUCAUGGAGGAGAUGUAGAGAGGUAUUCUCUUUAAGAGGGGGUAUAUUGCGCACCUUGUGAUAUUGUUCUCUGGGCAUACCUAUUUUGGUACGGCAUCUGCACUGUUUAUAAGUCAUUGCGCCAUUUGGAAUAGAGGCACCAUUGGAUGAGCGACGACGCAGGAUUAUUCAUGUUGUUCGGAUUAACGACCUUCAAAGAUUUCUACAGGCUCUACUCAACCAUGUCUCCGUGAUGCUCCGCGUUCUUCUCAGUAUAAAAUAUAAAUCGCCGAUACACUGGGGAUUGUUUGUAAAUGGAUUGCCAACGGCUCUGACGGAGGGAUACAUUAACACGAAGCUCUUUGGGUCUGGUU